AUGCCUCCAAAUCAACAGCGUCCCUCUAGGUCCGCCUUCGCCUCUUUCACAGACAUACCAAAAAAUCAUGUCAUUUCAUCUCGUCCUCUUUGCGACGCGUUUGCCAUCUUUAUAAUCUUUCUAAGCACGCCCACAUUUUUGCGCGUUGUAAUCUUUUGCAUCUUCAUCACUGCACUUUCCCCAGCACCACCAUUCCGCUUAAAAUCUUUAUUAACACCCCUUUCUUUCCUAUGGCCCUUCCGCUCAGAUAAUAGUGCUAAUGGAUCACCAUCCCCUUCCUUUAACUAUCCCCAAUAUUCUUCCUCAGAUCACCCACUCGACUCUAAACCAUCAAACUCUACUUUUGGCCUUUAUUCCUUCUUUAAAACUCUACUUGUUAACUUUAUUUUUGCAUGUGCAACAAUAUACCUUGCACCCUUACUCCAAAACCUUGUUGUGGUAUUCGCCACAGGUAUUGUCUCUUCUCUUCUCGGAGGAGGCUCAUACAGCUUUUAUAAUGCCAUUCUUAUAACACUCUUUGUGGAGCUUUUUGGCUUUUUCACUUCUCUGAUACCUCCGCGGUUUUUCCACAUCUUUUGUGCUCUCCGCAUAUUUCUACCAUUCAAAUCAUGUGUUGACACAUCCCUUCCUCGAACCACUUCCCAAGUUCCAACUCCUGUUUUUUACUCUUCUCCUUCUUCUUCUUCUUCUUUUUCUUCUUCUUCUUCUUCUUCCACAUCUCAAUCUUUCAUUUCACAAUUAAACCCUUUAAAGCAUGAAGCCAUUAGCGAACUCCUCAAACCUGCAAUGGCCUCAGCCACUGGGGCCCUUAAAAUGGCUGCUGCAUCUGCUUCCAGCAAUAAAGAAGCCCCAAUCCAUGGUUACCAAAUUGAAGUAAAUGUGGGAGGUAGCAAUGGAGGUGCCGUUGGAGGCUCUGGAGUUAACCCAAGUCUAUAUCAUCCAUCAGCUCAAUCUUCUUCCAGUACCCCACCGUCUAUCAGCACAAUUACCUCAAUUUUAAAUUUCUUUCCAAACUCUAUUCGGUUUUUAUACGGCUUUGAUUGGUACAAUGAACUUCCUACCUUGAUUUUCCAAAUGAUGGCUGUCUACGUUAUUUGGCUUGGAGUUCAACACUUUCUUCGUCUCAAUGAAUCGGGUGAAGUCUCAAUCUCUUCAUAUCUUUCUUAUUUGUUAUCUUACGUCCCAUUUUUUCAAUCUGAUAAUUCCACUUCAUCUGCAUCUGACUCUGACUCUAAAUCGGAGUCUCUUGAAAUAGUCCCCUUUAAUUAUGCAACAAAUAGUGACAACUGCACUAAUAGCAAUAACACUAACAGCACUAACAACACUAACAACACUAACAACACUAAUAAUAAUAAUAAUAACAACAACAACACCAACACCAACACCAACACCAACACCAACACCAACACCAACACCAACACCAACACCAACACCAACACCAACACCAACAACACCAAUAACACCAAUAACACCAACUCUAAUAACAACAAUAACACUGGUGCUCCAGGUACCUCUGCUAGUAACUUUUCUUCAAUUUAUGCCAUGAGCGUUAUUGAAAUCCCAGUGCCCUAUUCUGCUUCUUAUCGUCAAUCAAGUAAAGAUGUUAAAUCCACAAAUGAUGCUGGCCCAUCUUCUUCGGAGUCACCCUUAAACAGCCCCACUAAUAUGGAGCAACCUACUACCGCAACUAGUACACCAUCUUCCACCGUUUUGGAAGAAAAUAACAUUGAUAGACCUUUUGGCGUUAAUACCAAUAAUAACAGUGGAAAUGGCAGUAGCAGUAGCAAUAGCAGUAUCAGUAACAACAAUAUAAGCUUCAAUAAUAAAAUCCGAGGCAGAAAGGCCACAACUAGUGCCGGAACCGGCAAUGCUAACCCUCCGGAUUCUUCAUUUAUUCCGACUCCUAGCUCGGCCAAUUCAAUUUCAAAGCGUGUCAAUAUCGCCCUCAAACGUGCUUCUGCAGUCAAAAAUAACCAACCUAUAUGGUCCACACUGGCGUCUAGUGUAGUUAUGGCUGCUCGCCAUGAACACAUGCCUAAUGCUCUUCCAUAUGCCUGCGAUAUUCUCCCUGCAGAAACUGCAUCUUUAUGUUUUGUAACUGGAGGUGCCCAAAAAUUUUCUUCCUCAAACGUGGUCGACAUACCUGACGAUACUGUUGUUAAUAUCAAGGAAAUUAAUGAAAGUUUAAAAAACGCAAGGCCUUUAGCACAAAGCUAUAUUUCAGAUGCCCUUGCUGCAGCUCGUGAACAUGCAGAUGUCUCAACAAAUGCACUUUCCCCACCAACUCCAAUCUCAACUGACCCUAGUACUUCUGGAACUUUUGUUUCUUACAUUUUUGAAAAUGUAGUUGGUCUAGUUGUUACCAAUGUUAUCAAUCCCGUUGCACAGCUUUACUCUGUCAAGGUCAAUAAGGUUCAAUGGUCUCAAACUAUUAUUAAGCCUAUGGUUGUUGAUGAAAACAAUAUGGCUGUUUCCAAUGAAACAGAUAAAACCCCCAAUAGCGUUUUCAUUGCAAUUCAUGGCCUCAGUUCUGGUACUGUUUACGAAAUUGAAAUAUACUAUACUCCUCCUAACCCAGAAAAGGAGCCCACUGAAGUCACUUUAAAUCACAAAAAUGAAAUACUUAUUGGGCGCAACUCGGUCUGCACGGCUUUUUCGUUUGAAGAUCUUCGUGCUCACGCAAAACCUUCCCAAAACUCUUCAGUUCAUGGAUUCAACCAGGGGGUUAAUGAUUCCAACGGAUCAGGACCCACCAGUGCAGGUAGUACAAAUUCUGGUGGUGCCAGCUCUUUAGCAUUUGUUGGAAAUAAUUACUUGUACCACUACACUUCUUCUUUAGGUAGUGGAGGAAGUUCUGGAAAUGGUAGUGCUCCUGCAUCUGUUGGUAAUUCUCUAGGUGAAAGAAGUGCCUCUUCAUCUCUUUCCAAUAAUUCUGAAAACUUGUUGACCAAUUUGCCAUUUACAUUUGCUCCCCAACCAUUUCCUUUAAAUCCAAUCACCACACUGGCCAAAUCUUUGAAAAAGAGUCAUACAACUUUGAUAAAUUACCGUAAUGCUCAAAAACAGGAUCAGCGCCAACAUCAAAAACGCGUCGAAGAGCUUAACAAGGAUAUCAGCACAGCUAAAAAUAAAACUGAAUCACAAGAAAAAUUUAGCCAAAAGUCACAAAAGCGAAUCAAGGAGCUUGAAGAACGAAUUAAAACUUUGGACAAGUCUAUUGAUGAGCUCAACCAACAGGCCCUUGAACUGGAAGGCAAAAUCCCACUGGUAGAAAAGGAUUAUAAUGAGAUGAAAAACCAGUAUAAUAAAAAGAUUCAAUUAGCCCGUGAAGUUCGCAAGCAAGAACUUCGCAUUGAAAAGGAUCUCAGUUUGGAAGAAGACCAGCUUAAGGCUGAGGAAGAAAAAAUCCGUGAGAAGAAUGAGAAGCAGCGUGCACGUAUAGAAAAACUUAAAUCUGAAAAGACCAAGCUUAAUACCGAAAUUGAAGCUGCUGUCAAGGCUCUUUUGGAUUUUAGGAAAAAUGCUCGUGACUUGAAGCUGAAGCGUCGCAAAGAUAUUUCUACUGAGUUUUCAAAUGCAAUUAACAAGAUGGAAACUAGUGUCACUGAAACAACAGCAAAAACAGCUGAGCUUUGGAAUUAUAUUCAAUCCACAACUUCACAGUUUCAGGAAUUUCAAAAACAACAGCAGCAACAGCAACAGCAACAGCAACAGCAACAGCAACAGCAACAGCAACAGCAACAGCAACAGCAACAGCAACAGCAACAGCAGCAACAGCAGCAACAGCAACAACUGCUUCAACCACAAACACUUUCACCUCAGCAUUCUCAAACUCAGUCAUCACAGCAGUACCAACGACAUCAGACUCAAAAUUCUUCCACUCUUAUGAAUUCCCAUUCCAGUCUAUCACUUAAAGCCACACACAGCGCUUCUUCUAGUUUCUCUCAUAUUGCACCAUUUGGUAAUCCUGUACAAAACAUUAACUCAGACUAUGAGCCUUUGGCUCCACAAGGAAGCACUGGAUCUAUGGGCACUAAUAUGAUGAUGGUUUCUGGUACUAGCAAUAUUUCAAGCAUUCCUAUUUCUACCACCAAUAGUAACCGAUCUACAUCAGCUUCGUUUUCUGGUCAAAACAACUACCUGGCAGGAUAUAUUCCUGGAACUAUCUCAGGUCCUGUUGUGAUUCCUUCGUUACCCAAUAGUAAUAACGCCAUUUCAGGAAACCAAGUACUUUCAUCUUCUGCACCAACUUCAAGCUCUGGUAUUUUUGGACCAAACGCUAACGCUAACUCUAACGCUAACGCUAACUCUAACGCUAACGCUAACAGUAGCAAUGGAACUGGUGCAGGAUUCCCCAUGCAGUAUGUCCCUAUGACCAAUUCUCCAGCGUUGACUCAAAAUUCAUUCCCCUCACCACCUCAAUCCACUACCACUCCAAUGUACCCGGCGACUUCUAACAAAACAACACCUCCAAGUACUUUAACUUCGAUUGUUUCUCCCAGUUCGUCAGGUAUUAAUGGCAGUAACAGUAAUUCAUUUGCAACAUCUCUUACUGCACUUCCUCCUUCUUUGGUUUCUGAACCCGCCUCAUUUUCAUCCACUAUUCCAUUCCCGCCAGUGGCUGCUGCCGGAGCUAGCCUUGUGAGCAAUCCAGCCGAUUUACUUGUGGUGCCAACUCAACAACAACAGAAGUCAUUGCUCUACAUUAAUCGGCAAAUUGAGCGGCAAAAGUCUCAAGAAUUUGCUGACAAGUAUUCUGGCAAAAUUAGAUCUCAAAGUUUUACUACCAAACCUUCUGAUAACUCAAAGUGA